AUGGCAAAAGUCAUCAAUUCUGUCUAUGUUCAUUUAUUAUCUCCAUCGUAUAAAGAAAUCAUUAGGAAUUGGUUAAAAGAAGAUGUUCCAUCAUUUGAUUAUGGAGGAUUUGUCGUAGGAGAAGCUCAAGAAACUGCUAUAUUAUAUGGAAAAUCCACGGGAGUUUUAGCUGGUUUACCAUUUUUUGAGGAAGUUUUCAAUCAAUUAGAUUGCAGAGUUGAAUGGGAUCUAAAAGAAGGAGAUCAUUUCGAACCAAUAAGUGAAGUUGCACGCGUUUAUGGUAAAUCAUGUGAUAUCUUAUUGGGAGAACGUACCGCAUUAAAUAUUUUGGCCCGCUGUAGUGGUAUAGCUACGAGGAGUAGGAAAUGUAUUGAACUCAAGGAAAAGUUUGGAUUUCAAGGUAUAAUUGCUGGAACGAGAAAAACCACCCCUGGAUUUCGAAUUGUUGAAAAAUAUGGUAUGCUGGUUGGAGGAGCUGAUACACAUCGCAUGGACUUAUCUUCAAUGAUAAUGUUAAAGGAUAAUCAUAUUUGGAGUCAAGGGUCUGUAACAAGAGCUGUUGAACGCGCAAGAAAAGUGGGAGGUUUUUCAUUACGGGUGGAAGUAGAAUGUCGUAGUGAGCAGGAAGCCGAUGAAGCUAUUGAAGCCGGUGCGGAUAUUAUUAUGUUGGAUAACAUGAAGGGUGAUAAUUUAAAGCAAACUGCUUCAAUAUUGAAACAAAGAUGGAAGGGAAAGAGAACUUUUUUGAUUGAAUCGAGUGGUGGAAUUACCGAAGAGAAUAUAACUGAAUAUUUUUCACCUGAUAUUGAUAUAUUAAGCAUGGGCAGUUUGUCUCAAGGGGUUCCUCAUAUAGACUAUUCUUUGAAGAUUAAAAAAUGA